GGCUCCCUCGAGCCCAACAGUGUCUUGGUCUGAAAAAAAAAAAAGUACAUUUCUCAACUUUUUCUUUUUACUCACGUCAGAUAUCUGUACUUUCUACUCCUUACUUUGUCACAAGCCUGCUCUUAAACAACAGCGUGACACUUUUUUCCCCCUGUCAUAUAAAUUAAUAAGAAGGAAAUUAUUUUUCACACAGGUAAGAAUGCAUUUUUACUUCUGUAUGCAAAUACAGAGGAAGUACUUCUAUGUUUAACUUUUUUUUUUUUUUUUAAACAAGUAUCUGUCCUAUUUAAAAGAACAGUGAGUACAGUAUAUACAUUUUUAAUGGUUGUAGUUAAUGGGUGUCCUAAAUAUGUUUUUGAACUGAUUGCUUGAUUAUGUCUGUUUUCAUGACAUUUUGUACAAAGACUAUAAUUAGCACACAAAAAAAAUCCUCACUAUUUAUAAAGAUUUUUAAUAUUAAUGUUUGUUUAAAAUGAUGUCACCUGAGCCCAAAUUAUUAAAAUCAUGCCAUGUAUUAAGAAAAUUAAUUGUGCUACAGUGAAGCCCCGCUAUUCAUGGGGGAUAGGGACCCGCCCCCUUAUAAUUCAGAGGAACAAAAACAUGAAAAAUUGGGGGAUUGGGAAAACAAAAACACAAAUUAAUGGGGGUUUACGCGUAAAGUGUUGGAUACAUUUUCCAAUCUGAGAAUAGGUGAACUCGCCAAUCGUGAAUAUGUGGGGUCUGUUGCACUACUUUUUUGGUCAAUGAAUGCCUAAUUUUGUAGACCUUUGCCGUCUGUGGUUCCAGUGUCCUCCACCGGUGCAUCGGUCAUCUCAGCAUCUUGUUGCUCUGUGCCGUCUUCCUCCUGUUUGCACGCUUCCUUUUUAUUUUCUGCCUCUUUUACACCAAGCGCCUGGAUGCCCUCACUGAGGGAUGCAUCUGUGGCCUCAGCCUGCAUCCUUCAAUAAGGUAAAUUCUAAGGAAUAACCCCAAACAAAUACAGAUAUGUUUUAGUAGUAGCUCUUGCAGUAGUUUUCAUGCAGUUAACUUAUGUAUAUGAGGAUAAUCAAUGAACCCCAUAGAAAUGAAGCACACUUGGAACGACGGAUAGUUUCCGAGUAAGCGAUGGAAUCCAUCAAGGAUCUGGUUUUAGCCUACUACUUUUCAACAUUACAUUUGAUGUUGUGGCAAUGGCUGUAGCCAAAGUUUCAACGAAAGUACAUGAAGCAAGACAGGUGGUUUGGACAACUGAUGAGAAGAACUGAAGGAAAGCAUGGAGUAAGACAAGUGAUGCAGACGAAAGUACAGUGCAGGGGACUCGAAAACGAGGAAGACCAAGAAGAACCAGAUGGUAAUACUUAAAUUAGAACUGAAAAGAAAUAUAAGUGGAUGGAAGGAAUGCUCUUUCCAAUAACAUUUGCAGAAGGCUGAUACAGAACGGCGACCCACAAUAGGGAAAAUCGUGGAAGGUCGUGCAUUUAACAUGUAUGUAAUGGUACACACGAGAAGAUCGAGCAAAUAGACACAACAAGAAACAAAACCUCAUUUGACUAACUUGCCGGUUAAUAUGUUUUGAAUAGAAAGUCAUACACAACAAACGUUUGCGCGCUAACACGUCAUUACCGAUCGUUGGGUGUUGUCGUUGUGAAAGCGUGGAUAAAGUUAUCCCCGGCGGUGAAUGAAAUCGGCAGAAUGCUCCAUCAUAACUGCACGACAAGACACACACGUAAACAUAGCGCCAUUUUGGACAGAACAACCUGCCGAGUUUGCACCCGCGCCGACUUCAACAUCAUGUGGAUUAGGCGCCGAUGUGGCGAAAGUGCAGCAACGGUUCCUAAAUUCGAAACCUCAGACACGACGUGUGGGAUUGUCAAACUUGUCAUUAUGUGGCCACGAAUUAGGUUGAAUGUGCGCACAAAAUACUAAUAAAUGCUAGUAUUAUUCCUGGCAGUGGGGUAAACAAAUGAAGCGCACCAUCCGUAGAAACGUGAAGGACAUUCGUGUUGCAGGUUCUAGCGAAAGUGCGCUCCAUGUUUUACCUAGACGCCCAAAUUAUGGGAAUAAUAUUAAACCUCUGAAUUAGUAUUUCGUGCGCACGUCCUACCUAUUACGUUUCCAUAAAUAAGCAUUUUUUGCGGGCUUUAUAUAUGUAUUGUGCAUAUUUUCCCACGUUAUAAUCGCGAAAGAAGUGUAGCAUUUGGAAAUCUACGUGCGCCAUUCUUGCCCGUCGCUACUUCCGGUAUGGGCAACCGUAGGCGGGAGUAUAUUUCGCCUAAUUAUUUGUGAAAAUAGAUGAAUUCAAAUGAUGAUAAAAUACACAUUUUACAUUUAGUCUUGUUUUUCAUGCAGAUGAGCAUAUUUUGUUAAAGCGCGUUUCGUGGCGAAUGUUUAGCGGGCUCUGAUUGGCUGAUUGUCGUGGCGACUGUUUGUCGGGCUCUGAUUGGCUGAUUGUCGUUUCCGCCUUCGUGGUCCCUCGUUUGAAAAGAUUUCGGUUAGAAUGUUCGAAGCGCCUGCUCAAUAUUGUUAAAGAGCCGCCUUAACAAUGUUGCUGAGUUUGAGUUUAGGACAUUAAGAAAGGCAUUCUGUACACACCAGAGGAGUCCGAGCCAGCAUGGCCCAGCGUGUGACGCUAUCCGACGGCGGGCGCAAGAAAGCCUCCCGUGUGAGGGUCGCGGUUCGUCUGCGGCCCUUUAUGGACAAGCAGGACGAGGACGGCGAGGGGCCUUGCGUGAGAGGCCUGGACUCGCAAGCCCUGGAGAUCGUCAACUGGAGGAAUGCCACAGAAACGCUCAAGUACCACUUCGACAUGUUCCACGGUGAGCAAACGACACAACAAGAGGUCUUCCUGUCAUCGGUAAAGCCCAUUCUACCGUACGUUACCAGGGGUCAGAAUGCCAGCGUCUUUGCCUACGGGCCAACGGGAGCUGGCAAGACGCACACCAUGUUGGGCAGUUCAGAGCAGCCUGGCGUGAUUCCUCGUGCUGUUGGCGAAGUCUUCAAUCUGGUCAACUCUCAGGAUGAGAACGAGGCUUGGGACUACUCCAUUGGAAUGUCUUAUUUAGAAAUUUACAAUGAGAAGGUCCUCGAUCUUCUGUCGCCAAGCUCCCAGGAUUUGCCCAUCCGCGAGGACAAAGACAAGAACAUCCUCAUACCGGGCCUCACGCACGCGACAAUCACGUCCUUCGCUGACUUUGAACGGCAUUUUGCGCCGGCCAGCCUCAAUCGCACCACAGCCUCGACCAAACUCAACCAGCGCUCCAGCCGCAGCCACGCCGUUCUCCUCAUAAAGGUUGUGCGCACUCUGCGCUGCCUGCCCCGCCGCCAGCAAACCGGUAAACUCUACCUCGUCGACCUGGCCGGCUCGGAGGACAACCGCCGCACUGGCAACCGGGGCAUCCGGCUAAAAGAAAGCGGCGCCAUCAACCUGUCGCUCUUCACUCUCAGCAAAGUGGUGGACUCGCUCAGGGCGGGCACGCUGGUGCGCGUGCCCUACAGGGACAGCAAACUGACGCGCCUGCUGCAGGACUCUCUCGGGGGCUCGGCGCACUCGCUCAUGAUCGUCAACAUCGCCCCCGAGUACGAGUACUGCUUCGAUACCGUCGGCGCGCUCAACUUUGCGGCCAAGUCCAAGCUCAUCGUGAACAAGCCCUUCACCCGGGAAACUGUGGCUGUGCCUCCAGUGAAGCGGGCCAGAGAGGAGCACGAGGUGGGGCAGCCUCAGAAGAAGAAGAAGCAGAGGGACCCGAAGAAAACUGAGCAGGAGACCUCGCCAUCGACUCACAUUCACAGUCUGCCAGAACCAUCAUUAAUGGCCAGGCUGCUUGCUCUGGAGAAGCGGGUGAUGUGCUGCGAGAAGAAAGACGCGAUCGGUACGCUGAAGGAUGUGACUCGCAAGGAGAUCCAGGACCUCAAAGAGGAGCACAGGAAGUUAGAGAGCAAGGUCAAGUCCAAUUCCGGUCAGGAGCCGAGCUGCAGGAACAGCGCGGCGGCGCCGCUGCAGCGAAAAGUGCUCACCAAAGGCAAGACGCAGCAGGCGACGGUCCAACCGUUGCAGGGUCACUUGUCCCAGCUGCUGCCUCGGAUGCCGCUUACAGUUAGGAAGCAGUCGGUCUGUAUCAAGAAGGAAGUGGCCGGGACGCUUCCGGAUAAGGCUGAGCUUUUAGACGGGAAAGAGAACAAGGUGAUGAACGACUGGGAGUCCCAGCUAGACAAGUCUGUUCUGGAACAGUCCAGGCAGAAGAUUCUCCAGAUCCUCAACACGGGCUCCCUCAAAGAGCUGAAAAGUCUGCAGCAGAUCGGCGACAAGAAGGCAAAGCUCAUCCUGGGCUGGAGGGAGCUCCGCGGUGUUUUUUCCGAGCUGGAAGAUGUACGUGAAAUUGAGGGGAUGACAGAAAAACGAUUUUCCACUUUCAUGAAGGCAAACCUUUUGAGUGUCCUGGGAAAGUGAUCCCCUUCAUUUUUAUUUUUGUUUUUUUGUAUCAUGAUGUAUUGGUGUGUGUGUGUGUGUGUGUGUGUGUGUGUAUACACACGCUGUGUAAAUGAUGCGAACUCCAUGACCUACAUUGCAUCUGGAAAGUGUUCAGAGCAUUUGACUUUUUCACUGGUUUGUUACAGCUUUAUUAAAAAAAAAAAAGGAAUAUAGCCACCCUCUCCUGAAAAUUCUGCAUAUGACGAAUUUUUUUUUUUUUGAGGGGGGGGGGGGGGAUUUUUUUCAAAUUUAUGGAUUAAAAACAAAACUCACCUUGUGGAGAAGUUUUCAUUACCUUUGCCUUGAAGCUCAAAAUUGAGUUUAACAUGGAUAUUUGACUUCUAAAGCCGUCAAUGGCAGUGAAUGUUAAAACGAAAACAUGAUAUUGUGUAAUUUUUUUGUUGUUGUUGUCAUGACAAGGCCAAGAGCAUGUGUACACAUUUGUGCUCAACCUAUCAAUAGCAUGGAGUGGGGACGCCAAUGAUGCAUCAAUAAAACAACAAACACCGGCUAGCGCUUUCGCACCCCUAAAAUGGCUUCUCUCGAUGACCAACUUGCAUAUCAAUUUUUUAUUUUUUUUGGGGUAGAAUAUGUUGAUCUUUCACUCAGAUGGCCCUGUUAAUCAUGGAAAAAUAUUUGGCCUCACAUCUGUUUUGUAUCUUUAGCACAAGCUAACAGCUUUAAUUUAAUAACUCUGUUUCUGUAAAUCAGAGUAAUACCAGAAUUAUUCAACUAAAGUACGAAAGCAAUUACAAAUGAUUUAUUAAAUGUUUCAGAUGUCUGAGUAUCUGUACCAGGGUUAUGCCAAACACAGCAAAGUAUAUAUGACACAAUAUCUCAAAAUGUGUACCAGUGAUGAGUGGGACCAAUUUAAAUCACAGUUUUUCCUGAAAACACAAUUACACAAUAAAUGGUCUUUUUUUUUUUUUUUUUUAAAGAUGCUGGCGCCUAAAUUGUCACCCAACUCUGGAAGGCCUACUAAAUAAUACAACGCCCAUUACAUAAGUGCAAAAGCUGUGCUUGUCGUUGUAUGCUUUGGUGCUGACUAUGAUGAUGUAGUUCUCCACAGAAUCCGGAAGAUGGUGCACCAGCUUUUUUAACAUUUUUUAUUUUUUGGAAAUAAAUCCCAUCACGUCCGUGGAUGUUUUUGGCAUUCUUGAGGUGAAGUGCAUGUGAUGCAUCCUUACACAACAGAACUGCCUCAAAUGUGACAACAACCUUCCGUUUUUUUUGUUUUUUUUUAACCCCCCCAUGAGGCUACCAACCAUUUAGUAUUGCAGUUUUUGGCAAAGGUGCGCUCAAUUUAUUUGCCUUGACGUCCACAUUGUUCAGGGGACUUGUACACGUUAUACAUAUUUAGUUAUACCUGUUUGGUGGCCUCAAAUGAGCAUAUUUGUUUGCCCCCUCGUAACAAUCGUAAGGCUAAUACAACCGCCCAUAACUGCGACGUCAUCACGUUUGACACUCCUGCUCUAAAGUCAUUAAAAUCCGGCGAUCCCAUGCGGAUCGAUGAGCCAAAUGAAUGUUAUUGACCAUCUCCAUAAAGAACAGCACGGCGUCAGCUUUCCCUGGCGCACCCCCUUCCCCAUCUCCUCCCAGUCCCGCCCUGCCCGUCCGAGCAUCCUCCCCCCCCAUCCCCAUCCUUCCUCUUCCUCCUCUUCCUCACGCACGGAUGUCCUCCGCUCGGAUGCGCGCACAGUAGCACCCGAAAACAUCACCAUUUUCUCCUGAUUUUUGUUUCUCGGUUCAACUACGUGCGACGCAAACGUUCGACUCGCCGCUGUUGUGUUGACAACAAAACGCCAGAAUAAAAAAAAAAAAAAAAAAAGGAGCGACCGUCUCUGCUGGACGAG